AUGGCCUCGCACGUCUCCAGCCCCGCCCACGGGGUCUCGCUGGGCGACCUCCCCAAAUCCAACGUCUUCACAUCGAAGCUCCCCGCGGACCCCGCCUUCGAGACGCCCGAAGACUCGCACCGGGCGCCGCGGGAAACCCUCGGCCCGCGCAUGGUGAAGGGCGCCUUGUACACGUUUGUCCGUCCUGAGCCAGCGGAAGAGCCCGAGCUGUUGGGGGUUAGUCCGAAGGCAAUGGAGGAUCUUGGUCUGAAGCCUGGCGAGGAAGAGACGCCCGAAUUCAAGGAGUUGGUUGCAGGGAACAAGAUGUUCUGGGAUGAGGAGAGGGGCGGUAUAUACCCGUGGGCGCAAUGCUAUGGAGGUUGGCAAUUCGGCACAUGGGCCGGCCAGCUGGGCGAUGGACGCGCCAUCAGUUUGUUCGAAAGCACGAACCCGGAGACGAAGCGUCGCUACGAGCUACAGCUGAAAGGCGCUGGACGAACGCCCUAUUCCCGCUUCGCAGACGGCAAGGCCGUCCUCCGGUCCAGUAUCCGCGAAUACAUCGUAUCAGAAGCGCUCUCUGCCCUCGGUGUGCCUACCACGCGCGCCCUCUCGCUCACGCUGCUCCCCAAGUCAAAAGUCCUGCGAGAACGCAUUGAGCCCGGCGCGAUCGUGGCCCGAUUUGCUGAGACCUGGAUCAGAAUCGGCACCUUCGACAUCCUUCGCGCACGCGGCGACCGCGACCUGAUCCGAAAACUGGCCACAUUCGUCGCGGAAGACGUCCUCGGCGGAUGGGAGGCGCUGCCGUCCGCGGUGACGCUGGCAAAGGACCAGCUGCAGCCGGAGGCCGUGGAUAAUCCUGACAGGGGCCUCGCUUGGGACCACAUACAGAAGCACGAAGACGUGGAGGAGAAUCGGUUUGCUCGACUGUACCGGGAGAUUGCGCGACGAAACGCCAAAACCGUGGCUGCGUGGCAGGCGUACGGGUUUAUGAAUGGCGUGCUCAACACCGACAACACGUCGAUUUACGGCCUGUCGCUCGACUACGGACCGUUCGCUUUCAUGGACAACUUCGACCCGCAGUAUACACCGAACCACGAUGACCACAUGCUGAGGUAUUCGUACAAGAACCAACCGACCAUCAUCUGGUGGAAUCUGGUCCGACUCGGAGAGUCCCUUGGCGAGCUGAUCGGCGCAGGUGCAAAGGUCGACGAGGAGACCUUCGUCAAGGAAGGCCUGACAGAAGAAGCUGCCCCGGCCGUUAUCAAACUUGCGGAGGACAUCAUUGACCGGACCGGAAACGAAUUCCGGACAGUUUUCCUGAACGAAUACAAACGCCUGAUGAACAGACGGCUGGGGCUGAAGACGCAAAAGGAAUCCGAUUUCCAGGAGCUGUACUCAGAGCUGCUCGAUACCCUGGAGGCGCUGGAACUGGACUUCAAUCAUUUCUUCCGCCGUCUCUCGAAUGUACCCCUCAGUGAACUCGACACUGAGGACAAACGCAAGGAGGUGGCGCCGAGAUUCUUCCACGCCGAGGGCUUCGGGGGGAUUGGCUACACCGAGGAUUCUGCGCGAGAGCGCAUUGCCAAAUGGCUGGAGAGCUGGAGGGUGCGCGUCCUCGAGGAUUGGGGACAGAAUAACGACGAAGAAAGACAGAAGGCCAUGAAGGGAGUCAACCCGAACUUCAUCCCGCGUGGCUGGAUUCUAGAUGAAGUGAUCGAGCGCGUUGAGCGCAAGGGAGACCGAGCGGUUCUCGGGCGCGUGAUGCAAAUGGCCCUGAACCCAUUCGAGGAAGAGUGGGGGUUGAACAAGGAGGAAGAGGAGCGGUUCUGUGGAGAUGUUCCUCGGUUUAAGAGAGCCAUGAUGUGCAGCUGCAGUUCGUGA